AUGGCGAGCAACGGCGGAGUCAAGCAGAGGAGUGGAAAUGGAGUAUUGGACGAGAAGGCCCUGUUGCAAAGGCAGGUUGAUGGUCUUGCAACUGAUCGAUCAUCAUCAGGCAGUGCGCAGACGACGAAGAAUCUCAUAAUCUGCGUGGGAGGAAUCUACGCAUCUNUUAUCAGUCUCACAUGGGGAGUUCUUCAAGAACGCAUCACAACGACACAAUACGGCAGCUCAUUGGCCCCGGAGAAGUUCAAUUCUCCUGUCUUCAUCAACACGGUCCAAUCGACUUUUGCAGCACUGCUGGGAUAUCUCUACGUGCUAUUCACACGCAAGCAGUCGAAUGAUCUUCCCAUCUUCCCUAGCCGCAGCAUCGUCUUCCCUAUGUUCCUGGUAGCCAUCACAUCUUCUCUGGCUUCUCCAUUCGGUUAUGCAUCGCUGAAGCACGUCGAUUACAUUACCUUCAUCCUGGCCAAGUCGUGCAAGCUUCUCCCGGUCAUGGCUCUGCAUGUCACUCUCUUCCGUCGCAAGUACCCUCUCUACAAGUACUGCGUUGUGGCACUCGUCACGGCUGGUGUAGCAGUCUUUACUCUGCACCACCCUACUUCAUCCAAGAAGAAGGGAGCAGACGGUAGCAGCGCAUGGGGACUGUUGCUUCUUGGUAUCAACUUGCUUUUCGAUGGUCUCACCAACUCGACUCAGGACCACAUUUACAAGUCGUACAGACCGUACACUGGACAGCAAAUGAUGUGUGCGCUCAACUCUAUCAGCACUCUUUUGACUUCGGUAUAUCUAUUGAUUUCUCCUUACAUCGCCACCACACCUGUUGGAGCAUAUCUCGGCAUGAGUGCCGCUUCUGGAGGAGAAUUGGAGUACGCUAUUAAUUUCAUCAGAAGAUACCCGAGUGUCGGUUGGGAUAUUUUUGCAUUUGCUGCCUGCGGUGCUUUGGGUCAAAUGUUCAUCUGUAAGUUGUUUUACUCUCUCUGCAUGAGAGACAUUUCGGAGCUGACCAGCAUGCCAGUCUACACUCUUUCGACCUUUGGGUCGCUCCUCUUGGUUACCGUUACAGUGACCAGAAAGAUGCUUACCAUGAUUUUGUCGGUCGUCUGGUUCGGUCAUCGCCUUAGCCCAAUGCAGUGGGUCGGUGUUGGCUUGGUAUUCGGAGGUGUCUUUGUCGAGGCACAGCUCUCUAAGCAAGAGAAGCUCGCCAAGGACCGCGCAAAGAAGGAGGAGGUGAAGAAGUCUUCUUGA